CAGCACACUUUACGGGCAUGCGCACUAGUGCAGUAAGGGCAACCCACUUGAAGCGGCGGAAGGUCCGGAGGAGCGUUUCUUGAAUCUUAUUUUGUUGUUUAUCUGCAGUAACUAAUACAGUAAUUUUUCACUGGUCUAGCAUCAGAUAUGGCCCGUGGGCACCAGAAGUUCCAGUCCCAGCAGAAGAAUGCCAAAAAGCAGGCAGAUAUCAAGAAGACCAAAGGCCAUGACCAGAAGGCAGCAGCUAAGGCUGCUUUAGUAUACACAUGCUCUGUGUGUCGGACACAAAUGCCCGACCCGAAGACCUUUAAGCAACACUUUGAAAGCAAACAUCCAAAGUCUCCGAUGCCCCCGGAGUUGGUUGGUGUGGAGGCGUAACCGAUUCACCUCUCUUUCAGUAAGACAGUUGGGACUGAUUCAGGACAGGUUUCGACAUUUUGUAAUAUUUCAGAUAAGAAGUACAACUGCAAUUAUUCCUCAUGCUGCUUAAUGUAGUAAAGCAGGGAUGGUACUUGCCUGCCUGCUCAUGGUGUUUCUUCCAGAUUGAAUUUGUGCAAAGCUUCCUCACUUGCUACAAUUUGAUCCUGGGUCAGUACUGAAGGUAGACACACAGCUGCCAGCUACCUUUUCUUGGCAUGUGCCAAAAAUGUAUCUGUUCAAUCCCUGAUUGCUUGCAAUAUUUUCUUAUCUGAUCAUUUCAAAAUGUAAUGCUGACCAGACCAGCUUGUCCACAGGCUGUACUGCCAUUACACCAUCUCAGGGCUCCCACUGUGUCAGGACAAGUUUCCAGUGUAGAAGAAAAUAUGAAUUGGCACUGCCUCAGCUGAACAAAGUUGCAAUACUGAAAUGAUGAUUGUAAGUCAUCCGUAUCCAAAUCCAGUGUACUGUUAAAACCACUAUGGAUUUUUGACUGAAGCAAAGUUGUGAUCCACCAGGGUUGGAGUCAUAAAUAUAGUUUAUUCACACUGACUUAUUAAUUCCUAAUGAGCUUGGAAAGACACUAAUUCAGAACCACUAAUAAUGUGUUCUUUUGAAUUCAUUUCAAUUUAGCUCCAUUCUGCACUGAUUUUUAGUUUUCGUCAUCUAGAUAAUUUCUAAAUUGUUAAGUCUGUAAUUUUUGUUGAUAUAAAGAAUAUAUUAAACACAUCGUGCUACACGGGUACUGAAACUGCGUUACAUUUUCCCCUUACUCUCUCAUGUACAGUAGAGGUAUAAAAGUUGACCAGAGAGGGCACUGCAAGUCUGCUCAUAGUAAACCCUUUCCUGACACAAUUUCAUGAACUUCGAGCAAUGUGAUGACUGUUUAAAACAUUCAUCUUGUCUUUGACCCUGUUAGGAGUGGUCUGUUCAGUGAAUUAGGAUGAAGAUAAAAGUUUGCACUGUGUGUUCACACUAACGAUCUACUCCUACCCCCCAGUUUGUUGUAAUGAGUUAAGUGACAUAAUUGUGUGCACCAGUGUAGUAUUUGCUAAUGAUUUUGUUCAUCACUAUUUGUAUUGUCAGCUGUGUAACUGUCCAGAAAACCUGUCACAUUGUCAUUGGAUGACAUAUGUGAAAAAGAUCCCAAUUGCAGUCUCACACUCUUUACUGUUACCCCAUCAUUAUGGUGCAAAAGUAUUUUGAUUCUUACCUGCAUUAAAAGGUCUGAUCUACAUUACACUGUAAGGUAGCUUUGGUUCUUAUUUUUAUAUUAGCUUCUUUUCAUAGCAUGCUAACAGAGAUUUAAUUUAUCAAAAGAAACUAUUUUCAAUACAUUUGGACCUACAGGUCAUUAACCACUGACAUUGUAUCACUGUGCUAAAGUCUGGACUGACAACCAGCCAUGUUUUUACUUUUGUAAUGUUCAUACCUUUGUCCACGUAAUGUAAUGUAUAGCCUUUUAAUAAAGGUGUUACUUUUAGAUUAA